GAAAUCACACAGCACUCGGGACUUGUUCCAGGCAUCAAAUUUUUAAUGGAUGAUGUGAAGUAACACCGAAGCAAUUCCUGUCCACAGAAAAAAAGAUUUCAAAUGGUUUUGUCUCAAGUACAAUCACUGGAGGUUGAAAAUUUCUGGGGCUGAAAGUUACAUGAGGUCCUCAACACUGAGCAAUCAAUAUCCCCACAGUCUAAACUGUGAAAUUACUACCUGGGCAAGGAGAACAUUUUCAGGAUUUGCAACUCAUCUCAAAGCCUCAGUAGAACUCAACCAGCAGAAUUCCCCUGAGAUGGCACUGUGUUCUGGAAGCCCUCAAAUACUCACUAAAACAGACUUGACUUUCACUAGGACAGCUGCUCAUGAAAAUCUGGGGUAAAACCUAUGGGCAGUGGCCAUGUGCACGCAUAUUCCUUCUUCCCACAGCAGGCACAAUCAAAUCCUCCUUUGAAUGGCCUCCAAGUUGAGCAGCACUCAUUGGCACAGCCUCUUCUCCCACAGACAGGCCAGCGAGCAACACGGCAGCGCCAGCCAGGUGGGCAAGGACAAGAGAGAGCAGAUGCCAACAAGGCUUGGAAGCUGGGCCAAGGGAGGUUUACGCUGGCCAUUGGGAAGAACUUGUGCCCAGCGUGGGCCAUUAGAUACUGCAAUGGCCUGACAGGGGCUGCUGGAGUCAUCAUUGUGGCACGGGUGCAAGGCAAGCCAGGCCGCAGCGCUCGGGCCCCGCUCUGCUGGCCAUGCUUGCCGCCAUGGCUCCCAGCUUGGACUCAACAUUCUCUCAGGGCUCUCUGCAGCCAGGGCGUUCUGUGCUUCUGUGACAUCACAGCCUCUGGGGACGGCACGCUGGCUGGCAACUGUCCCCAGCUGUUGCUGCGCCCCAGAGCCCAGGCACAGCUGCUCGCAGAGAGAUGCCCAGAGCCUCGGUGCUGCUGGCAGAGCACUAUGGCUGCUCACGGCUCCUCCGCGCUGCUGCAGCUUUACGUGCUGCUGCUCUUGGCUCAUCCCCUCGACCCUGUGAGCAAACCUGAGCGCAGCACGGGUGCCUCUCCUCUGCUUCUGGAGGAUUGCCAUCUGGACGAGUCGGACCCUGAGCGCAUCCGGUGGGCGGCCAGGACAUUCCUGCUCAUCGACCUGCUCAUCAUAGGAAUGGCCAUGGGAUGGUCUCUAGGAAAAAGAAUUCAGAGAUGCUGGCGAGAGCGGAAUCUCCAGAGCCCUUCGGGCCGUGCGGGGCCCCGCUGCCAUCGAAGACAGGGCUGUCCCACGGAGUUGAUGCAGCUGCUGAUGGACAACCGUGACCUGAUGCGGCUGCUCCUUCGCGACAGCCCUCAACCAACCACCAAGACGGCGGCAAAAGAGGGCAGUGACAGGAGACUCCGCACCUCCCCACAGCUCUGACCUCCAGCGUCGCGCUCCAUCUAAAGAACCUUAUGGGGAACGGGUGACCAGUGCCCAGCCCAGGCACUGCGACGUUCCCCACCUUACAAGUUAGCCACACCCCUGUUGUUGUUCGAUUCCCCACCACGUUUCCCCCAAGAAGUUGACCUUUCCCUUAGUGUUCAGUUCUAAACAGUUGAAGCAUUGAA